CGAAACCCUACGGCCCUGCUCACUCACUUCCCUAGUCCUCAUUCCCUAGUUGCCAAUCCAAAAUCCUCGCCUUCGCCCAGCUGCCCUGUACUCCCCUCCACCGGCGCCGGCGGCCAUGGAAAUGGAACCGCAACCUAUCAUCGGCCACAACCUGAGCGAUAUGCAGGCCGGCAUAGAGCGCGACGGCCUGGAUCCCCGGACGCUGGACUUGGGAACCAACCUCAUGCUCUACUUGGUAUACCACUACCUCCCUCGCCCGCCGGUCUCCCCCUCCGCCACUUCCUCGCCCUCCGCCGCCUUGCGGUUCCACCAAGGCGUCGACCGCAUCAGCCGCCUGCCGGAGAAUGUCCUCCGCAACAUCGUCUCGCGCCUCCCCGUCAAGGACGCCGCGCGCACCGCUGCGCUCUCCUCGCGCUGGCGCCCCGUCUGGCUGUCGGCGCCCCUCACCCUUGUCGACAGCCACCUGCUUCCGGACUGCGGCGCGGGAGGGCCGUACGCCAUGGGCGCCCCCUCCCCGCGCGCCGUCACCGCGGCGGUGUCCCGGGUCCUCGCGGCGCACCCGGGGCCCUUCCACUGCGUCCACCUCACCCGCACCACCAUGAACGAGCACCGCGGCGAGAUGGCGCGCUGGCUCGACGUCCUCGCCGCCAAGGGCGUCAAAGAACUCAUCUUUGUCAACCGCCCCUGGCCGGUCGACCUGCGCCUCCCCGCCACGCUUUUCAGCUGCGCCUCCCUCACCCGCCUCUACCUCGGAGUCUGGAGGCUCCCGGACACCGCCGCCGUGCCGCGCCGCGCCACCUUCCCCAACCUCCUGGAGCUCGGCCUCUGCUUCACUGUCAUGGAGGACCGGGACCUCGCCUUCAUCCUCGAAAGAAGCCCUGUUCUCGAGACUCUCGUCAUCACGGGAAGCCAGACUGGAGUGCGCCUCCGCCUGGUCAGUCGCAGCUUGCGGUGCCUACUGCUCGGCCUUACCUACUUGGAGGACAUCGAUGUGGUGGAUGCCCCUCGCCUGGAGAGGCUCAUUCAGUGGACAAAUUUUGGCGAGCACAGCAGCAGUAAGGGUAUGCUGCGCCCCUCCAUGGUCAAGAUUGGCCAUGCACCCAAACUGCGUAUGCUGGGAUACCAUGAGCCAGGAGAUAGUGACAUCGAGAUUACCAAAACUGUCACUGUGGCUGGCACCAAGGAGAAAAUUGUCCCCAGUGUCAACAUCUUGGCCAUAGAGGUGCAAUUUGGAGUCCGCAGCGCUCUGAAGAAGGUGCCUGGCUACCUCAGAAGUUUCCCAAAUCUCCAGACGCUCCAUGUCCAGUCCAAGAAAGCUGAAGAGCCCACUGGCAAGGUCAAUCUCAAGUUCUUGCAGGAGGGUGGUCCCAUCAAAUGUGUCGUGCAGAUGCUGAAGAAGGUGUUCUUCUAUGAGUUCCAAGGGUCGAAGAAUGAGGUUGCUUUCCUCAAGUUCAUCGCAGAGAGAGCCCGGGUGCUCGAGAAGAUGGUGGUUGUGGUGGCAAGUGAAUGUUUCUCUUCGGGGGCUAAUGUGAAUGUCAAACUGAAGCCCCUGAUAAGUGCAAACUGGAUUAGUCAAGCUUGUAAACUUCAGCUCUUCAAGAGCCCACGCACUCACGGGGGACCUCCGAUUUUCUGCCAGCAACGAGCAUCUGACCUUUCGUUUCCUGAUCCUUUUGACCUCGUCUACUAUCAAGAAUCUCUGUAAGUGCUGAAGUUUAACUAGUGGUACCAUGCCUAGCUUGUACAAGACUACUUGCACCUAGACUUUUAUCGGACUUGCAGCAGCUAAUGACUUGCAUUUCAUGGGAUUUCUCCAGCACACUGUGGCAUGCUUUCAGAUAUCUCUAUUAUGUCGCACAGUUUGUGCUAAUUAAGUAAUUAUGUGGACUAGUAAACUGCA